CAGAAGAUCUGGAGACAUUUUUAUUCUCCAAACAGGGUGUAUUUCAGGGAAAAAAGAGGAGAAAACAGAGUAAUGACUGAGAAACAUCAUCUGUCUGACCUGUAGCUUGUUGUUGUGCAGGCUCUCUAAGGAUGAAGAGGACUCGGUGCUGAAUCAACAGGGAUAAAAACAACGCAACAAAAAGCACUUCACAGCGUAGCUUCUUCUGCCUCAUCCACUGUUUCAUUAUUGUUUCUUUAACUUUAAUUCAUCCGGACUAAGACAAAAUGCAGCAGCCUGAAAUCCAGCAGACAACUCAACCAACAACAGCGACGGAAACCCUGGAUCCAGCAGAUCAGUAUGUGCGUCGGAGGAAAUCUGCUCUGUGGGUGACCAUGUCUCUGCUGGCUCUGUCUGUGGUGGUUCUCACAGUGGGUCUGAUCUCUGCCACCCGCACAGACAACGUGCCCGUCGCUGGUUACUACCCCGGUAUCACUCUCAGUUUCGGAGCGUUUCUGGGUAUUGUUGGCAUUUACCUGGUGGAAAACCGCAGACCUAUGCUUACAGCAGCAAUCAUUUUCAUCAGCAUUGGAGUCAUCGCGUCCUUUUUCUGCGCCAUCGUGGACGGGAUCAUUGCAUCAGAAUUCAUUGACACUCGGCUCCUACUGGAGGACAGAUGUGACUUCUACACCAGUGGAUCGGGCUACGCCUUUGACAGCUACUACAGUGAGGUGACGUGCCAUUCGUCUGGAAAAGCAUGCAAGCUGAAAAUGAGGAGCAACACCUGCUACUGCUGCUACCUGUUCAACUGUCAGAGCACUGAGCACCACACAAAGUACUACGAGUUCACUGGGGUCAACAGCUGCUGGGACGUGAUCCACUUAUACCGUCUGCUCUGGGCCUCAGUGGUGCUCAACGUCAUCGGCCUGUUCCUCGGCAUCAUUACUGCAGCCAUACUUGGAGCUUACAAGGAUAUGCAGAAGCCAACUCCUCCGAUGGCUCCCAGUCCCACGCCGUCACCGCACAUCCUGUACAACCCGACCCAGCAUAUGUUUCCCUACAGCGGCUUCUGCCCCUCAGGACAGUCUCUGCCUGCCUACCCCAACUAUCCCAUACCCAUGCAGCAUAACGCCGGCUUUCAGCAACCUGCUACUCCCCAGAUGAUCUCUAACGGAGGCCCCACCUCCAACUCUGGCUCCUCUGAGGAGAACCAGAACCAGCAGCCUUGUCCGGCUCCCACCCAGCCACAGCCUCAGGGAGCUACCCAGGAACCGGGAGGAUACAUGCUGACCCCCAAUGCCCCUGUGCUCUAUGGAUCAUCCUACAGCCCCUUUGAGAAACCUCCACCUUACGCUUGCUGAACCCUCAGAUGAAAAGGAGACAUACUGGAGAAAAAUCAUCCUGCUUGGUCUGACUGGAUGUAGCACAAGACAUUUAACUGUGACCAUGUAGACAGAAAACACUUGUUGAGCUUUGUGACUGGUCUGUUCUGAUGUUUCUUGUGUUUGCACUGAGGAGGGAGACAUAUUUGUAGCUAUGUGGUUUUAAUAAAUAGACAUGGUUGGAUUUUUUCAUGUCAAAGGAUGCAGUUUGGGAAUAAGUAACCUCAAAUAAACACUUUAACUUGGCCUCUACAAAACAACAAAAAUAACCAAUAAGCUUAUUCUUGGUGCCUGUGCCAGAUGACCCAGAAGUAACCACACAAUCCACUCUCAUUCCCAGCAAGAAAGAAAAUAAGCCUAAAUCCCAAACUUGUUCCUUUUAAGCUGGCCUCAGAUGCCUAUGUGUUACGUGUGUGUAGUUAUACAGUGAUCUGAUCGUUGCGUCUGUUUGUGUAGACUGGAUUCCAGGUCUUCCUGUGUAUUUUCUCAUCAUACUGAGUACCAUAAAAGUAAUUAAAAGGGCUUUCUUGAGAUGUGAAAUGAAGUGUAAAGGACGCUGGCGUUGCAGUUAUUUUUAUGCUUGUGUGAAUCAUUUAAUGUGCACUUUAAAAUCAAUAAACUGUAUAUAUUAUUGAUGACGCAUGUUAUCUGCUGUGGGGUGCAGUUCUGUCGCUGCUGCUAUUAAAUCCAUCAUGUAUUAAAGAGACACCUACAGGAAAUGGAUUCAGAAACAUGUGGAAUAAGGGCUUCAUCUGGCUAUUGGAUUUAAAGGAAGAGUUUGACUUUUUUGGACAUAUUAUAUGCAAUUUGCUAAGAGUUUAAUGAGACAAUCAGUACAAAUAUUAUGCUUAAUAAAUGUCUAACAUAUCUAUAACUACUUCCUGCUUAGCUUUGCAUGAAGAUGGGAAAUUGAAAUGCUGUCUAAGACAGACAUUCAACUUCUUUGUUCAAUUCAUACACAAAACACAAAUUGGCUUUUAUGAGGAGACAGCCAGACAGCUUUUCCCCCAAGCUUGAAGUCCUUGUGCUAUCAAGUUAGCAUCUUCAAGGGGAGCUUCAACACUUAAAGCUUCCUCCAGAAGCUACAAGAGAUCAUCUUACAAAAAUCGCAUAAAAAUAGCUCUGAAAAUGUCAGGCUUUUCCUUUAAAUCCUCAUCUUUUCUGCUUCACUGUAACCUGUAGUUUUCGAUAUUUAUCAUCAUAUCAUAUUGUGAGACUGUAUGUUUCAAUUUAAAAAAAAAAAUUCAUCCCAAAAUAAAAACUUCUAUUUGUAAGCAACAAAACUUUUUCUCAGCUCAUUACACACAGGUGCCCUUGCUCCC